GCGGGCAGGAGGAAGAGGAGGGCCGCUGGCUUCCUUGCCUCCUCCGCCGCCAGCCAUGGCUCCGCCUGGGCCUCGCAGGCAGUAGCGGGAAGAGGCCGGGGAGCAGGGCACAGGCCCGGCGGAGGAGCGGCCCUCGCCCUCCCCGCUUCACGCCGAGCCCGCGGGGCCAUGGGCCUCCGGUGAAGCCGGCCCGGCGGAGGAGCCUCUUCGGCGGGCGGAGGGAUGUCUUCGGCCGGCCCCGCGGACAUGAUUGACACCCAGCCCGUGCUCAACUUCGAGGAGAUCGACUACAAAGCCAUCGAGGUGGAAGAGGUUGUUGGAAGAGGAGCCUUUGGAGUAGUUUGCAAAGCAAAAUGGCGAGGGAAAGAUGUGGCCAUUAAGCAAAUAGAAAGUGAAUCUGAAAGAAAAGCCUUCAUAGUAGAGCUUCGACAGCUUUCACGUGUGAACCAUCCUAAUAUUGUCAAGUUAUAUGGCGCUUGUUUGAAUCCAGUAUGUCUUGUUAUGGAAUACGCUGAAGGAGGUUCACUCUAUAAUGUUCUUCAUGGUGCUGAGCCACUGCCUUACUACACUGCUGCACAUGCAAUGAGUUGGUGUUUACAGUGUUCCCAAGGAGUAGCAUAUCUUCACAGCAUGAAACCAAAGGCUCUCAUUCACAGGGACCUAAAGCCACCAAACUUGCUUUUGGUGGCAGGUGGGACAGUUUUAAAGAUCUGUGAUUUUGGCACAGCAUGUGAUAUUCAGACACACAUGACCAACAAUAAGGGAAGUGCUGCUUGGAUGGCACCAGAAGUUUUUGAAGGUAGCAAUUACAGUGAAAAAUGUGAUGUAUUCAGUUGGGGUAUUAUUCUUUGGGAAGUGAUUACCCGCCGAAAACCUUUUGAUGAAAUUGGUGGUCCUGCAUUUCGAAUCAUGUGGGCAGUUCACAAUGGUACUCGACCGCCACUGAUAAAAAAUUUGCCUAAGCCUAUUGAGAGCUUAAUGACACGCUGUUGGUCUAAAGAUCCCUCGCAACGGCCUUCCAUGGAGGAGAUUGUCAAAAUAAUGACACAUUUGAUGCAGUACUUUCCAGGAGCUGAUGAGCCUCUACAGUAUCCAUGUCAGUAUUCAGAUGAAGGCCAAAGCAACUCUGCAACUAGCACAGGCUCAUUCAUGGAUAUGACUUCCACAAAUACCAGUAACAAGAGUGACGCCAAUAUGGAACUGAAUGAUUUCCAAGGAACUGCUACCAAUGACACCAUUAAACGUUUAGAAUCAAAACUGGCCCAACAGAUGAAAAAUUCAGCAAAGCAGCAGGGAGAGCCUGGCCGCUUGAGUUUACCUCCAUCCCGCGGUAGCAGUGUGGAAAGUUUGUCAGACAUUCGUGGAAGACCACAGUCAACUCUUGUUUCGGGAGAAAGCAAACGAAUGAGUGCUGAUAUGUCUGAAAUUGAAGCAAGAAUCACUGCUACCACAGCGUCUUCCAAACCUAAACGAGGCCAUCGUAAAACUGCUUCGUUUGGCAACAUUCUGGAUGUCCCAGAGAUCAUCAAACCAGCAGGCAACGGACAACAGAGGCGCAGAUCCAUUCAAGAUCUUAGUGUGGCUGGAACAGACUCCAACCAGGAAAGCAGAAACAGCAGUAGAUCAUCUAGUCCUAGUGUGAGAAUGAUCACUACCCCGGGACCAACCUCUGAAAAGCCGCCUCGCAGUCUUCCUUGGACACCUGAUGACUCUACAGAUACCAAUGGAUCUGAUAAUUCUAUCCCAAUGGCAUAUCUUACAUUAGAUCACCAGUUGCAGCCUCUUGCACCAUGUCCAAACUCAAAAGAAUCUAUGGCUGUGUUUGAACAGCACUGUAAAAUGGCACAGGAAUAUAUGAAAGUUCAGACAGAAAUAGCAUUGCUGUUACAGAGAAAGCAGGAACUAAUAGCAGAACUGGACCAGGAUGAAAAAGACCAGCAAAAUACAUCACGUCUGGUGCAAGAACAUAAAAAGCUUUUAGAUGAAAAUAAAAGCCUUUCUACAUACUACCAGCAAUGCAAAAAACAGUUGGAGGUCAUCCGAAAUCAGCAACAAAAACGUCAAGGGACAUCAUGAUUCACUGGGACUUUGCAUUGACAGUGAUACACAGAAAAAAAAAACUUUACUUUUUUAAUUAUCCCAUAAUAUGACAACUUCUGAGUGUUUCCUAUUGGUGUGUGCUGAAUAUGUAGACGUACCUGCUGCUCUUCCAGCAUCAGUUCAGUAUCCUUUUUAUUUGGGUAAACAUUGAGGUUUUUGAGAAUGGUAAGAGGAGCUACAUGAAUCAGCUGCAGCACUAAAUGUAAAGCAAAACGCAAUGAACUCUCUGGCUGUUUGCAUGCCCCUUGUGUGAUGGCUACCCUACCAAAAGUAACUAAGUGGCUGCUAAAUUGUAAGAUCUUUUGGUAUUAAUGCAAUAGGAACAAUGUAGAGCCCCCCUCCCUAAUUUUUAGAUUUUUUUUCUCACACCUGGAUCUGUUUGUAAGCAUUUGUUGUUUCCAAGGACUCCACUGAUUUUACACCAGGCUCAAGAAGCAAUGCUGGCUAAACAGUGUAUUCUUUGGAAUGGUUCCAUUUUUUGCAUUAAAAACAAGACAUCUCAGCUGAUGCCACCAUCACUAGUCAAAUGCUUGAUCACCUUGCAUCUUGUAAUUAUAAAAUCAUGUAUUUUCUUUACUUGGAGGGUUGAGGAAUGGGUUAGGGUAUAGUAAACAAGGUUAUCAAGGCCUUAUGUGCAAAUAGAGGAUAAAACUUCAUUAAGUCA